CUCCGUACGGGUGCCAAAGUUCAUCAUGGAUGCAGCCGAAGAUCGAGAAGUCAAACUUCAACGGGCUUCUGGGGACCUUGUCAAAGAAUUUUCGGCUAAAUUGCCCUCUUUGCUUUGGAAGCCACAAAAGGAUGAGGGGACUAUUCGAGUCCCACGAAGGUGGACGCUGGCUUCCAAGACAGAGAGACUAGUUAGCCUUCUAGAGCAUUUUCAGGAGUGGCCGCAGUUGCUUGACCCUCACUUACAAGCGCUUCUCCCUCCGCUGGUUGAUGCUUUGCUGGCAUACCUGCUAAAGCAUCGGGACCAGUACGCUAGUAAGCCUGCUACCAGCCAGCAAGCACGGGCCCUAUACCCUCUACCUAGGGCGGUAUGCAGGCUCCUCUAUACCUUCUGCAAGGUCCGGGGGGUCAAGGUAAUCAGCAGAUUCCUCAAUAAUGAGCCAAAGCAUCUCGAUCCUUUGCUCCGAGCCUUUAUUGAGUGGGAUUCCGCUCACCAGGAUGAUCUAGCUGAUGCGUCGGCUGGGGAUAUCCCGCGCCGUCUUGUUUGGGAAGAGCGUUAUGUGCUGCUGAUCUGGCUUUCGCACCUACUGCUCGCACCCUUCGACUUGUCUUCUAUGUCGUCCAACGAUAUACCGAUUCCAUAUGGAGAUAAUGAACCAACUAAUCGGCUAUUACCACAAACACCUGCGGUGGCAAAGUCUCUGCUUUCAGUAGCAUUAAAUUACAUAAAUGUCGCGGGUAAAGAACGCGAAGCUGCAACAACCCUCCUUGCGCGACUGUCACUCCGUCGGGACAUGCAGAACUUGGGGGUCUUGACCAUACUAACGGAGUGGUCAUUUGCUGUUAUUCACCCCAUGCCCGGGACUGAGCCUUCACCUGUUUACGCGUAUAUAGGUGUGCUGUCUUUCCUUGCUCGCUUAGGAGCAUCGGGUCAAGCUGAGGAUUUUGCUCCUCUCAUAAUCCCUGUGUUUAAACAGACAAUGCGUCUCAUGCAAGAUGAAACCGAGAUUUCCCAAGUCAUCCUAUCAUCUGCGCUGGCGCGGAAAACAAUCAUCAAAAUUCUACGAUCUGUGACCGUUCUAGCUCUAUCACUUGGCGAAAGGAACAGUAACAUACUCUCAGAUGAUCACGUCUCCUAUAUCCUAGAGGAGGCAAUUGAUCAUCUCCUGACAGCUCUUGCGGACAAGGACACUCCUGUGCGAUUUGCGGCUAGCAAAGCGUUGAGCAUCAUCACUUUGAAAUUAGACCCAGAUAUGGCAACUGAAGUUAUUGAGGCUGUUACGGGCUCCCUGGAAGAGAAUAUUCUAUAUAACAAGCAGGACGGUACUAUAAUAACACCUUCUGCGGCCCGAAAGAUUGGAAUUCAUACCCUAAAGCGAAAUCUAAGUGCCGUUGACGCUCAGAAAUGGCAAGGCCUUAUCCUCACGUUGGGCCAUCUCCUAUUUCGCCGGGCUCCUCCAACCCAUAAACUUCCUAAAGUACUGCAGCCACUUGUCUCCGGACUCGACUUCGAACAGAGAUCUUCCACUGGAAGCUCUGUUGGGACUGGUGUGCGUGAUGCCUCUUGCUUUGGUAUCUGGGCCCUCUCUCGCAAGUAUACAACUCAGGAACUUCUCGCAAUUAAGCGGCAGGACAUAAGCUCGUCCAUAUCUCCAGGUGAUGGGAGUACCCUCCAGAUGCUUGCAAUUGAGUUGGUUUGUGCUGCCUGCGUUGACCCCUCUGGUAAUAUCCGAAGAGGUGCUUCCGCUGCUCUGCAAGAGCUUAUCGGACGCCAUCCGAAUACUGUUGUGGAGGGUAUUUCUCUCGUGCAAGCUGUGGAUUAUCACGCAGUCGCACGGCGUUCAAGAGCAAUGAUUGAGGUUGCAAAAGCCACCGCAGAUCUAAGCUCUUGCUACUGGGGGUCCCUUAUUGAAUCGCUGAUACAAUGGAGAGGAAUCGCCUCGCCUGAUGCCGAGUCGAGGAGGCAUGCUGCAAAGGCGCUUGGAGUAUUAAGCACCCAAGACUCCUACAAAAGUGUACAGCUAGUACUUCGAAAGCUCUUUGACAAACUUCAUAGUAUUCCUCACGGCGAUGUAGAGACAAGACAUGGUUGCUUUCUCGCUGUUUCUGCUGUAAUAGAUGCGUUCAAUGCCUUUAAAGCAUCGGAAAUUUCCAGAAAUAGCAGCGACGCCGUCGGUGUUGCCCAGCAGAUAGCUGAAUUCUGGCAGAUCUUUGAUAGCCAUGUUGGGCCUACUAAAGACGAUCUAACGCUUCUUGCUUCGCGUCCAGAACUAACUGCCGAAGCGUUUUCAUGCUUCGUUUCUUCUCUUUCCCAAUCCUUAUCUCGCCUCAAUGAACUCCGUGCCCCACCUCCAUCGACAACAUUGCUUGACAAAUGCUGUGACAAUCUUCAAGUUUGCCUCUCACGGAGUGAUGAUAUUUCGAUAGAGUCAGCGUCCAAAGCAAUCUCAGCAAUAUGGCCCCUUCUAGCUUCUCAGAAACAGGACGAGAUCAUUCAAGGGUGGUUUUCCCAUAUCCGUGCAACUCGGAAUUUGCCAACCGGCCGGGGCCAGCUAUCAGCUCUCGGCUCUACUUUCAACCAGCUUGACGCUGAAAGUACUGUCAGAGAGACAAUAAUAGAAGAGCUAUUAUGGUGUGCAGAAAAAGAAGGGUUGAUUGAAAAAAGGGUUGUAGCUAUCAAGAGCUUCACUGUGGGAGUACUGCCACAUAUACAUGUUACCGAUAAUAUUGCGAGUAGCCUUAUUGGGUUUUUGAACGAUUACACGACCGAUAGGCGUGGCGAUAUUGGAUCUUUGAUCAGGUUGGAAGGUAUCCAGGCUGCAAGAGUUAUCACUGAGAAGAAGAUUGACGCUACUAGCCAGUCCAAUGCUGAAAAAAUCGCUGGGUGCCUCUGCCGCCUUGCAGCAGAGAAGCUCGAUAAGGUCCGCCUUGAAGCAUGGCUCUGCCUGCAGAUUUUCUGGUCGUCCGUCAACUACUUUCCACCGUUGCAAAAGCACUACGGACAUUUCAGCGAAGUUUCCUCAACAGAUUAUUUCGUCCAGCUUCUUGAACUCCAAGCUGUUGAGUGGCUGCGCAUCCCGCUAUUCCAAGGCCUCGCUACUUCUGCUGUAGCUGGAGCCGAGGGACUCAUUCGCUCAUCCCGCGCGGCCUUAGUCCAGAGCAUCAACAAAUAUGAGGCAGAGUUGCGCCCGCAGAUAGUAAUAUCUAUCAUCCAGGACUUGCUACUUGCACUAAGUGACAAGCUCAUCGAUGACCGUUAUGCUAUUCCGAUUCUAGAAUUGUUGGCUUUCCUAUUGGAUGGUUACGUGUCUUCUGUGCCUGACAUUACAGAUCCAAGUCUACGAAAGGUGUUUGUUCUAGCCCAGAAGGUACACUUCAAGUCUUCGAAUAUUGCGCGACUCGAAGCAGCAAUCAGGGCAUACGCUCCUCUCUCUAGGCUGGAGCGGUUACGGAUCGAUGUUUUGAAAAAGUUGACCGGGAUGCUACUGCAUCCGUUCCCUAGGGUUCGAGUUACUACAGCAGACUACUUGUUCAUGGAAACAGGGCUGGGUUUAGUAAAAACUGAAGAUUGGACAAGACCACCGAAGGAACUCAAAGGCAAGGUUGAGGAAGUACGGGAAGUGUUGGCAUGCCAGGAACCUCCCAUCCACCCGCGGCAAGUCAAACACAACCCCCAGCUUGUUGCAGAUAUGGCUACCAUCCCGGUGCCCGUCCAGAUUCCUCCGAAUCCCACGGUCUAUGUAUGUUGCACGAUUGUUAACCCACGAGCGGAGCGCUUGAAAUCCCCGCCUCUCGUUCUUGUUGAUCAUCAUCCGUUUGAUUUCCAUCUGCUGACACCGAGCUAUCGUAUCAAAUUACAGGUCCGGAACCUCGAGGAGCGGAUCAAGGUCGACCAGCUCAAGGAAGCUCUGGAGGAGAUCUUCUCCGAAUAUGGGAACGUUCUGGAGAUAGUCGCGAAGACGAACCUCAAGGCGAAGGGCCAGGCGUUCGUUGUCUUCGAUAACGUGGAGUCUGCCACGCGCGCCAUUGACGAAAUCAACGGGUUCGAGAUCUUCGAUAAGCCGAUGGUUCUUGAUUACGCGAAGACCAGGAGCGAUGUUACGGUUUUGCGUGAGGGGGGGGAGGAUGAGUUGGAAGCUCAUAAGCGUAGACGGCUAGCUGAGAAAGAACGGAAACAAGCCCACGAAGCCCUGGAAGCACAGAAGAAACUCAAGCGUCCAUCUGGUCCCCCCGAUACUACGCGCCCCGCCAAAACAGUCAAGGGUGCCGGUCUCAAGCCUACAACUGGCGCCGCUGCUGCCGUUAUCCCAGACGAGUAUCUGCCACCCAACAAGAUUCUGUUCUUGCGGGACCUUCCCGAUUCUGCGGAUCAGGAGAGUCUCACGGCUGUGUUUGGUCGGUUCGAGGGGUUCCAGGAAGUCAGACUGGUGCCGGGAAGAAAAGGAAUUGCGUUCGUCGAGUACGAAAGCGAGUCUGGGGCUAUCAGUGCAAAGGAGGCUACGUCGGGGAUGCCCAUGGGGGAGAGUGGGAAACCGAUCCGGGUUACCUACCAGAGACAAUGAUGGGCUGUUCUGCAUAUUAUCGUC